UUGACGCAUUGUACAAGGUGAAAAAAAAAAUAUAUAAAAUGCGCGAAGUAACGAAAAUACAACGAUAUUUGAAUUAAGUGCGCUAAAACAGUUUUAGAAUAAGCAGUUUGAGUUUAAGUAUAAAUACAAAAAUGAGCUAUGAAAAUGUAGCUGCUAAUGGUGAACCGGAGGAAAAAAAGAGGAAAUUGGAGGAAACUGGUUCCCUUGGAGCUGUUUUAAGUAAUUUGAAACAAUCCGAAUUUUAUAAUAAAAAUGAAAUAGCCGAGUUGAAAAAAGAAUCUUUCGAACUGUCAAAGGCCAAAAGCUCGUCUAAGGGAAGUCCGUUACUUAUCAAUCCAAAACAAAGAGGCAAUAAAGUGAUUAAAUACAUCACUAGUGUACCAUAUGAGUAUGUGGACAUAGUACCGGAUUACGUUCCAAGCAAAAGUUCCUGUAUUUUAUUUUUGUCUCUUCGUUAUCAUCAAUUGAACCCUGAUUACAUACACGAAAGAUUGAAAAUUCUUGGCUCAUCUUACACUCUUCGUGUACUUUUGGCGCAGGUUGAUGUUCCAGAGCCACAUCAUUCGUUGAAAAACCUAACAAGAAUUUGUCUUCUGGCUAAUUUGACAUUGAUGCUGGCAUGGAGUCCAGAGGAAGCAGGAAAAAUUAUUGAAAUGUACAAAGUUUAUGAAACAAAACCACCUGACAUGAUUAUGGAGAAAAGUGACUCUGCACCUCUACAAAAACUGAGCAAUGCCUUAACAUCUGUUCGAUCUGUAAAUAAAACUGAUGCAACGAAUUUUUUGACAACAUUUAAAACACUCGAAGGAAUAAUUAAUGCCCCAGUAGGAUCAUUAGCUUUGUGUCAUGGAGUUGGUCACCAUAAAGCACAAAGGCUAUACAAAACGUUGCAUGAACCAUUUCUAAGAGAAAAAAAUAAUUAAGAAACCAACAUUUUUUGUACGUUUGCAUGUUAUACAUUCAAAAUACUUAUCGAAUUGAUUUAAUAUAAAUAAAACCAAUCCUCUUGGUAAAAAAAGAACCUUGU